UCGUUGUGUUGAACAGGUGUUCGUAUUGAGUUAGACUUCACACCUAUUCAUUGUUACUUCAUUUUUGGGAAGGCCGUUGCAGCAGAUGAGGUGUAGAUUCCCCGCCCUCUUCCUCUCAUGGAGAAACGAAUACUGUAGAAUUGGAGACAUUGCCUGAAGUCCAGAAUAUUUUGUUUGGUUUCAUCACACUUGCUACAAGACGAGCAUUUGUAUUAGCGGAGCUGCAUAAAUUUUAACAGAACUGAUUUUUGUUGUGCUGAAGUAUACUACUCUUGAAGAAGACCAAUUUAUUUAACCUGUGUGCUGAAAUUAAUUCUACUGGAUUGUGUGCUAAGAAGCACCUAAGAUCUUGCUAUGAAUGGAGAGUCAGGAGCAGGGGUGGUUACAUCACCACCUCUAACAAGCACUCCUCACAAGGAAAGGUAUUUUGAUAGAGUAGAUGAAAGUAACCCAGAAUACCUACGUGAGCGCAACAUGGCACCAGAUCUCCGGCAGGACUUCAACAUGAUGGAACAGAAGAAGCGAGUCUCUAUGAUUUUACAGAGUCCGGCAUUUUGUGAAGAGCUAGAAUCCAUGAUUCAGGACCAGCUAAAGAAAGGAAACAAUCCAGCAGGCCUUUUGGCUUUGCAGCAGAUUGCAGACUUCAUGACCGCAAAUGUACCAAACUUGUACCCAGCUGCACCCCAAGGUGGCAUGGCUGCGCUAAACAUGAGUCUUGGUAUGGUUACUCCUGUAAAUGAUCUCAGAGGAUCAGAUUCAGUAGCGUAUGAAAAAGGUGAAAAGCUACUUCGGUGCAAACUGGCGGCUCUCUACAGAUUAGCAGACCUCUUUGGCUGGUCACAAUUGAUCUACAAUCAUAUCACAGUCAGAAUCAGCUCGGAGCUUGAACACUUCCUAAUUAUACCCUUUGGACUUCUGUACAGUGAAGUUACAGCAUCAAGUUUGGUGAAAAUUAACUUUCAGGGGGAAAUUGUAGACCGUGGAAGCACUAAUCUAGGGGUAAACCAAGCUGGAUUUACAUUGCAUUCUGCAAUCUAUGCAGCUCGACCUGAUGUAAAAUGCAUUGUGCAUACUCAUACACCAGCAGGGGCAGCGGUUUCUGCAAUGAAGUGUGGUCUUUUGCCCAUUUCUCCAGAAGCAUUGUCCUUGGGAGAGGUGGCCUACCAUGAUUAUCAUGGCAUCUUGGUGGAUGAGGCAGAGAAGUUAUUAAUACAGAAGAAUCUAGGUCCAACAAGCAAGGUGCUUAUCCUUCGAAACCAUGGCUUGGUGGCUGUUGGCGGGACUGUUGAAGAAGCUUUCUACUAUAUUCAUAAACUGGUAGCUGCGUGUGAGAUUCAGGUGUGCACCCUGGCCAGUGCAGGAGGCCCUAACAACUUAACGAUGCUGGAUCCUAAGAAGUAUAAAGGGAAGUCCCGUUCAUCCCAGCCUUCUGGAACAGACGGCAGUGCUGCACAUCCCAAGUGGCAGACUGGAGAACAAGAAUUUGAAGCUCUGAUGAGAAUGCUGGAUAAUCUGGGUUACAGAACAGGCUAUCCAUACCAGUGCCCAGCCUUGAGAGAAAAAGCAAAGAAAUACAGUGAUGUUGAGAUUCCUUGCAGUGCCAUGGGCUAUUCCUUUGUCAGUGAUGACUCUGGUACUCGCUCCCCUCUUAGACACAGUUUUCAGAAACAGCAGAGAGAGAAGAGCAGAUGGCUAAGCUCGGGGCGAGGAGAUGAUGCCUCUGAAGACGGACAGUAUGAUGGGAGCCCAAAGUCGAAGACUAAGGUGUGGACGAACAUUACACACGAUCACGUGAAACCCUUGCUGCAGUCUCUCUCGUCCGGUGUCUGCGUGCCAAGCUGUAUUACCAACUGCUUGUGGACUAAAGAGGAGGGACAUAGAACUGUCACCUCUAGUGUACCUAAUCAGUUUGUACCGUUGAAUACCGAUCCCAAGGAGGUCCAGGAAAUGAGAAACAAGAUAAGAGAACAAAAUUUGCAAGAUGUUAAAACUGCUGGUCCUCAGUCAAUGGUCCUCAGUGGCGUUGUGGUGGACAGAAGUUUUGCACAGAAAAUAGCAGUUUGCGAGGAUGCUCCCCUCUCAGACUGCACGGAAACAAUUGAAGGGCUCGAACCCACAGAGCAGACUACCUUUAGUCCAGCUAAAUCUCUCUCAGUUAGAAAGGGAGAGCUGGUGACAGCAUCCAAGGCGAUUAUUGAAAAGGAGUACCAGCCAAAGGUCAUAGUGAGUACUGCAGGACCAAACCCAUUCAACAAAUUCACUGAUCAGGAGUUGGAAGAAUACAGAAAAGAAGUUGAACGUAAACAGAAAGACACUGAAGAUGAGUUAUCAGUGUGUGCAGAGCCAUUUGUGCCACAUCAGGCCCAGACCACAGAUGGAGAAGAUCAGGUUUUAUCUGGCUUUGAAAAACACCAUGAACAAGCCCUAUCAGGAAGCUCUAAACCACAUCAGGAACUUAAUGAAGAGAGAACACUGAUCCUGGCUGAAGUAGAAGACCAAGAAACAGAAGUCUUUGAGGGACAAAAUUUAGUUGCUGAUUUUAACAGUCUUGCUCUCCAUGAAAAUUCAUUUGUAGAGGCAUCAUAUUUGAAUGUAGUCAAUGAAAGUGAGCAUUCCGGGCCAGACCAGUCAGAGUUGUUACAGUCACCGCACAAGGAAUUUCAUACUGCUGUCAUCCGAGCUCUGAGUUCUAGCUCUGAUCUUUUUGCAGAAAAGUCAGCACAUGCAGAAUCAGUACCUGAAGAAGUGAAAGAGAAGGUUACUCUGGACCAUUCUCCCACUCGCACUCCUCCUAGCACUCCCAUUAAAGUCGAAGAAGAAUCACAGCAAGAACAGACCUACGUAGAUGACAGUGAUGCUGCAACUUUCAAACAAACUCUCCCCGAUCUCACCCCAGAUGAGCCUUCAGAAGCACUUAGCUUCCCAACUGUUGCAAAGGAGGAGGAGGAGGAAGAGGAAGAAUUGGUGAUUUGCAAAGAGAGUGAAGAUUUAAACCAUGACCAACCUGAACCCACUGAUACUGCUGUCAAUGGAAGCCAAGAAACUGCCCAGCCACAGUGCAUAGAACAGCCGCCAUCGCCAGCAGCUGAAGAGGUGGCAGUAAUGGACCCUGGAAGUGAUGAGUCACCAGGCAAAUCCCCCUCCAAAAAGAAGAAGAAAUUCCGCACACCUUCCUUCUUAAAGAAGAACAAAAAGAAGAGUGACUCUUAAUGGCCUGAUGUACUGCAGGAGCACUGUCAUAUAUAUAUAUAUAUAUAUAUAUAUUUUUAAAGCAUAAUUCAUUAACCACUAGCGUGUUUCAGAUUGUAUUGGUAUUGUUUUGUCUUUCUUCAUUGUAAAGGAAUGCAGUUGUGUAGUAUAGCUUGACUGUGGGUAUGACCAGAAAUUAACAGAAUGCAAAAGGUGCUAGUAUUUGUUCAUUGGCAACAGCUAAUUGCAUAUAGAGGUCUUCAAGUCCCCAGAUUUUUUAUGUCUACCUUGGAGUUCAGUUGCCCACAGUAAACUUUUAUUCAGCUUUUGAAAUGUACUUUCCCAUGUUGUCUGCAGUAGAAGUAAUGGCUUACGGUUUAAAAAACAUUUUUAGACUGUUUAUAGCUAAUUCAAUAUAACGUGAAGAUAUGUUACUUCUGUAGUAUUGCCUGUUAAAAUUCAUGUACAUUAGGAUACAUUUUUCUUACAAAAUCAAAAUACUUUUGACAGCCUGUAGGUCUGUAAGAGCUGAUAUAUGCUGUCCGUCUAUGGAGCUUGUUCAAAAAAAAAUUACCAUUUUUUUUAUUUCAUUUUAAACACGUGUACAUGUGGUUUGAUGCUUCUGCAGUUCUAGUUGUAGCUGAUAUAAACACGUACCAGCCAUAUUGGUACCUACAAGAGAGAGAGUGCACCUUAUUUGAAUUUCAUGCUGUGCAUGAGUGCUUCAUGCAUAAAUGGCUUCUAGAUUUCAGAAAGUCACGAACAAAAACAAGUCUGUUACUGGUCAAGGUUGGAAUACUGUAAAUGACUAAAAUGUGUGCUUUGUCAAACAGUUAAUAUUGGACGUAAGCACCGUGUUCUAUUUUGGACAUCUGUUCUAUGAGUGGGCCACUUUAUCUGUACUCUCUAUAUAAAAAAAAAAAAAAAAAAAAAAAAACAGCUGUUUUAGCAGCUGACAACCUCUGAAACCACUAUUGAGCUAUGCAGAUUUUUCAGAUAUUCCAUUCCUUAGGCCAGUCUAAUCUUUCAAGUCAUCACUUUUAACAUCUUUGCACUAUUCAAGUAAAAUACUUUAUUUUUAGUUUUCUCCAUUGAACGUGGAGUUCACCAUUUUUAAGGUCAUAAUUUAGGUGUAUUUAGUUUGGGGGCUUUCUUUUUCUGCAGGACAUAUUGGUUAUGUGGCAUUGUAGUAGCAUUACUGUUAAAUGUAUAUGCCAUUGGUUUGCAACCAUCUGAACAGACUUCAUGGUUGUGCCUUAGCAAUGUGACCAAAAUCAAGAGUUUUCAUACUGUCUUGCUGCAGAAACUUCAGCUGAAUAGCCUCAUCAUUCCAGCAGCAAAAUAAUGGAUUCUGAUCACAUUUCAACUUGUAAGGACAAGAUGUUAUCUUUUUGGUAAAUAUGUACAUAGGAAUUUGCUGAGUGACUUAUAGUGGGUAAAGGCGAAGGUUAUUGGGUGCCUUUUAUUUAAUUAAUCAGCUGCACGCAGACCAGUCCAGUGGAGAAACAUAGUUGCAUAUUAAAUGAGAAAGCCUACAUUAGGCGGUUAAGGUAAAGCCACCCAUGUUCAUUUUGUCAGAAAAAUGACUAACUGGGCCUGUCGGCAAUCUGUAUGGAAGGGAGAUGAUUUACUUGCAUAUCAUCUGCAGUUCACUAAUUUGAACAAGAAGAUUUGGAGGUGGGAUCAGAAGGAGGCAGCAAACCACUGACUAGACAGGCGUCUGAACAAUGUUUAAACAUGACUGCAUGGCACUAAUGGCUUUCAGUGUGCAUUUUUAUUCCUGUAUGUUUUGUACUUUAGAAAGGCAUACAUAUUUUGGUACAGUUUUGUUUUACUGUCAAGUUUAUGUAGUGACAGCAUGGUAAGCCAUUGCUACAGCAUAUUACGGAUUUUUCCUCAUCUUCCUUCCAGUUAUGCAACAUUUUUAAUCUCUGAUUUGUAUUUGGUUUCUUAAGCCUGUGUUACCACAUUAAAAGUGAUGUGUAGUGUCACACAUUCUGACUGAAGGCCUGUAUUUUUUAUUUUCCUGACACUUUUAUUUCCAUCUAUAAAUAAAAUUCUUCCUUGAAAUCUG